AUCAAUACUUUGAGGUGUGAAUCAUGCAAGGAAAAUAGAGCUGUUUUGAGAUUUCCAUGUAAUUCUUCUCGAAUUCAGAGUUGUUCUGUGUGCUGUUGUUCAGUUUUCCGUGAAUUUCCUUGAUGAUGGAAUGGUGAAAGCGUUCUUUCCUCUUUUCGCAUUUCUGAGGAUAUAUUUCGGAAAAUCUUUUGAAAGUUCUUUUGGAUAGUUUCAUGUGCUUAUAGGAAUAGGGGGAAUUUCCAUUGGAAAGUUUCAUCAAUUCCAUCACUAUGACGUCACAGUUGAUGGUGAAAAUAAAUGUUGCUCCCUUUUCCCAGGUAAAUAAGACGAAGUCCAAUGUAAGCGGAGAACUGUUGACACUGAGUCGAUCUCAGGAAGGUACUCCACGGUUCAUCGAACGUUCUUCUAACGAAAAUGUUCGGAUAGCGCAGUUAGAGCAAAACAUAAAAUUUUUGCAGGAUCAACAUCAAGUGAUGCUCAGUGAUCUGCAAAACGAAAUAGAAUCUCUAAGGAAUAAAAAUAGAGAUUUACAGUUCCAAUUAAUAUUCAACAAGACUACACCUUCAUCGCCACAAACACCUCCAUCGAUUUCAUCCUCCGACGAUGAGCACAAGAUCGUAUCGAGUCCCAACCAACCCACAUUCACAUCGUCUCUCCACGUUGAGUUGUUGGAAAAGUCCAUUAACGACUUGAAAAUACAACUUCAGGAGAACGAGAGCCGAAAUGUCUACCUUUCAGCAAUUGUGGAUGAGCAGAAGAAAAAAUUGGAAAAGUACGAGAGAGAUCGCGAGAGAGAAAGAGAACGCGCAGUCCAAGCAGAACCAGAACUGAGGAGGAAAGUGGAAGAAGCUGAUACCAUAAUCCGUCGCCUUCAACAAGAAGUCAACACUCUACGUCGCGAAGGAAACUCCUCCGUGUCCCCCUCCCACUACCAUCAGCGCGAGAACUACAACCCCCAACGUGGUGACAGCAGGGAUGGACACGGACACAGGGACGCCAACCAACACAGAGAGAGCAACGGACAUCAAAACGGCACCUUUCACAAAAACGGCAGAGGAAACAGGAGGAACAACUCGAUGAAUUACAGGGGUAACUGGUUUCCGCCCCUCCACUCCCAGAACUACUGGCAGGGCGGGGGAAACAGGGGUGGCAAUCAGGAGAAGAGGAACCAUCCGGAAAAUGGACUACCCAACAUGAACAACGGCCAGCACCAAGACAGGCGCGGCGGUAACAACAACCACCACCAUAAUGGGGAUGGGGUGAGGCAUCGUGGGGGACAGAAUAAAGGGAGUGAUGGGUCGUAGAUCACUUGGGUUAUUGAAAGUUUUGCCGUGAAAUUUCAAUCCAUUUCUUAUAGCUUUAAUCCGGAGUAGGCUUCAAUCGGGGUAUUUCAGAUAAUCCACUCAUCGAAAACUAGGGUCGUAAGAAGGAAACAAAACUAAGAAAAAUGCCGAGACAGCAGAGAAAUGGCUGAAUUUCACUGCAGAACUCGAACUGAAUAUUCAAAGCCUGUUUUCUACCGACGCUGUUGGAAUUUCUAUCAAGUUGGAAUUAAGAUUUUUUCUUUAGAAUUUAUGGCGGUUUCAUAAGAUAUAUUUGAAUAUACAAAUUUAUAAUCUAUUAUAUUAUGGAGAUAUUAGAGUUUGAUAUUUCUUACAUACAUAUAAAGCACAAUAUUUUAAAAAUAAUAUAAUUACAAUAGACUACAUCGUAAUUUUUAUCAGCUAUUCAUCUCCACUCUGUAUAUGUUAUCGGUUUCCAUGUUUUCAGCCUUGUGUUUUAGCAGGUUUAGGGGUGAGUUGGAGACAUUUGAAGAGGGAGAACAUCAUUUUAAUUAGAAUAUGCGACGCCGGUUUUUUACUGAUCCUUUUCCUAAAUUUUUUUCACAAAAAUAAUUAAUUUUCAGAAGAAUCUGACAAAAAGAAUUCCGAGUAGAAAUUCACUCCUUCAACGCACCUCUAAACCUCCAAUAUUCUCAAAAUAGUUCACCCCAUCAUAAAACUUAAAAUCAUUCUGGGCUCUAUAUUCAUGUAUAGAAUGUCCUUUGAAAUAUGAAUUAUUUUGCUGAGAGAAGUCUAAAAAUCAUGCUUGGUGAGUAGCUGCAAGACAACAUUCAAG